GAGAUAAUAAUUGAUGAACUAUAUCACUUUCGUCUCGUGUUACUGGGCUCAGAGAAGAUCAGUGCUGACGGGGCAGUGUGGAUUUAUGCGUUUCCAUUUUUAUAAAAACGUGUUUUUCUUUUUUUAGAUGGCAGAUGAUGAACAUUUCUUUUGAGCUUUCAAUGGAACCACAAGGGAAGAGAAGAAUACUUCGGCCUGCAGGUCCCCCGGAUGGAGGCUAUGGCUGGUUCAUUGUGCUUUCCACCUUCCUUGUCUUUGGACUGACAUUCGGUGUAAUCAAGUCCUUUGGUGUGUUCUUCGUAGAAAUCCAGCACUACUUUGCAACCACGGCGACUACAAGCUCAUGGAUCACAUCCAUCUCUGUGGCAACAGUACAUUUUGGGGCCCCUGUAGGCUCUGCAUUGAGCGCGUACUUCGGUCAUCGGCCCGUGGUCAUGGCGGGGGGUCUGCUGAGCAGCAUUGGGAUGGUGGCCGGGUCGUAUGCCCAGGAUAUGCUACAGCUGUACAUCACUGUGGGGUUCUUUACAGGAUUAGGCUACGCCCUUACCUGGACCCCUACAGUCACCAUGCUGGGCUGGUACUUUGAAAAGCGACGGCCGGUGGCCAAUGCUCUGGCCAGCGCAGGAGAGUGCAUCCUCACUUUCAUCCUGACCCCAUCAUUCCAGUUCAUGGUGGAUCAGUAUUCCUGGAGGGGAGCGAUGCUGAUCCUGGGGGCUCUCCAGCUCAACUUGUGUUUGUGCGGAGCUCUUCUAAGACCACUCAACAGACAUGUUCCUUCUAAAGAGCUGGUAGAGAAUGACUGUAAUGAGCUGGAACUGUUAUCGCAAACUCACACAGAUUUGAAAAGUUCAAAAAACAGUUCAGACUCGAAAAAAUCAGAUCCACUGAAGGUCAAAAUCACAAGUUACAUGGACUACACACUUAUUGUUAACGCUCGCUUCAUGGUCUACACAAUGUUUGGUGUCUUUGCUGCUCUUGGCUUCUUCGCUCCAGCUCUCUUUCUGGUUCCGUAUGCCCGCAGUCAAGGAGUGGAGGAGUACCAGGCAGCCGCUCUCAUGUCCAUCUCUGCAGUGCUGGACCUGUUAGGACGGUUGCUCUUCGGGUGGGUGGCUAAUCUGCGGCUGGUAAAGACAGUCCAUCAGCUGACUGUCACAGUUAUUCUAUUGGGCAUUGUUCUGUUGCUCUGCCCUCUAGCUACCACUUUCACCCAGCUAGCGCUGUUCAGUGCGGGUUACGGACUGGUGUUCGGCGCGACCGUAUCCAUUCACAUCACGGUACUGGCGGAAGUGGUGGGGGUGGAGAGGCUAGGGAGUGCUCUGGGUUUCUUCAUGCUCAUCCGCAGCAGUGGUGGCCUUCUUGGACCACCUUUGGCAGGAAUCUUUAUAGACAAAAUGAGUGACUAUGGUGCUGGUUUCCUGAUGGCAGGCGUGGCUCUUCUCGUCUCUGCCUUGUUUUUGCUUGUAUUACAUCAGAUGAACAAAAAAUGGAUGGAAAAGGGAAAAGAUAUCAACUUGGACAACCAGAAAGGAUGUGAGGAUAGAUUUGAAAACAAGAAUUCAAACUUUGGAAGAAGUUAGUAAGAGGAGGCUCUAGUGGAAUGUGCAUUUAGGGUCACUUUUUUUGCAGUAUAAUGUUACUACUGUGGUGGACACAAGAUUUUGAUGCAUUCAUGUUUCACCACACUUCACAGUUAAGCAGAGAUUAUGAUUAGAGAUCUGUAAGUGAUGGUGUAAACUGAUGUUUUUUUCAUGUCAUAAUCCACGUCUGUCAUGUGAUUUCCUGUUUGUCAUGUGAUACUGCCAUGUGUCUUGUCAUUGGUUAAUCGUCUGUUCAUUGUUGCAUCUGUGUAUUUAUGCCCUCAUGUUUGCCAUGUGUCUUUCAAAGUUUUGUUUCACUCUGACUUCUGUUGUGUAAGUUCAUGUCCGUUUUUAAUUCAUGUUUAAUUUUGUUUGUGAUAAACUGCAUUUGGGUUUUCAUCUCUUGCCUCAAUUGGAUCCCUUACAGAAGGAAAAGGGAACAGACCUUUCUCACCUAAGUGAAACAUUCUGGGAAAUCUUCUCAUGUAGUUCUAUAAUUAUGCAAUUGCAAGCAAUAUUUCAUCAGAUCUAUUGCUCCAGUAAGUCUGGAAAAUGGACACUACCUUAAUGGACUAAUGGAAGCUGACUCAUGGUUUAGCUACUGUUAGACAGUCUAAUUCGAUCCAAUGGCGCUAUUUGAUUAGAGGUAAAGGUCUCACACGUGUUCCGUCUUUUCUCAUAGCAAAGGGGAAAUUAUUUUCAUUAGAGUUAAAGUCAUUAGAGUUGCAUUUAUUUAAAAAUUAAAUGCAAUACAUUUUAUCUUAUGUAUUAACUCGUUAUUCCAUCUGAUUCCAUAAAUGAAUAGGUUUUUGAAUGAUAUCUAUGCAUCAUUAAAUAUACGUAAAUGUUUGACUAUUCCUUUUAACGCUAAUGAAAAGCUAAACUAUCAAGCGCAAAACACAAGUAACUUUGUGGGUGGAUCUCAGCGCUGUUGCUAUGUAACCAGCGGGAUGUCUAUGGACGCAAAUCAAAAAGGGGUUGGUCUGAAGUAGCUUCAUUAUUCAUAGGUGUGGUUAAAACAGGGUAAAACAGUAUGUUAAAGUGUGUUUUGUUUUGCAAAAGCUUUAAAAUACCUUAA